CGUCACACAAGUUCCUGGUUACAACUACCCACCUCUUAUCUCGUAUGCCAAAGAAAUACGUUUUUAAAGGAAUCUUUAGGAAAUAUUAUUGUAUAUGCUAUGGAUUUCAUCGCCGGGAAAAUUAUAAGAGAUCUUCCCUGAUAUUUUUGAGCAGCGGAUACUCUCCAAAAUGACGGCAACAACAUGGCGGAAGCAAAGUCUUAUAAUAGGACUUUGUGUUUUUUCAAUCAUAACCACUUUAGUGAACAAGGUUACCGAUUUUUGUUGUUUGGAAUGUAUUUUAUAUUUGAUAUAAAUUCGAUUGUUAUCUCAAUGUUUCAAGUAAAACGUCAGUGCUACAUGCACUUAGGACUGGUUGUCUUCGCUUUUUCCCUAAAGAUUCGUCAACAAAGGAUCGAUCACAGAAUAAAAUCAGCUAAACCGUAUUGACACUUUUCCGUCCGUUUGUAAUCCGCAGCACGUUUUAUCAGACCUGAGGUUUACUUAUCCAACAGUUUUUCAAAGGUGAGCCUUAAAAACCCUCAUCACAUACAUGUCAUGUACGUUCUGUACCUUUUAACUCCAAAGAGAGACCAAGAUACAGUGUCUUCCUACAGCAUUAACACAAAAUCAAGCAAGCAAGGGAUAAGAAUAAAGAAAAUUAUCAACGAGGGGAUCAGUAAUUGAUCCAAUACUAAAUGAUCUAAUUAUGCCAUCAAAAUAAUUCCAAUUUAUGUCAGCCAGUAAGGAGAAUUAUUAAUGAGAUCUUGGAGUGAGAAGUAACUCUCUGAACAUAUAUUUCUUUGUUGGUCACUUAUGAGAAUCAUAACCAGUAACUUCCUGUGGCCGAUGAUUUCCUUACCCCUAGUAUAAAUAGAAUAAGGAAAUUGAAAUGAUCAUCUUACCUAGAAGAGGAAGACUGAUUAAAAAAAAAUCAUUUUCACAGUGAAAUAAUCUUGUUUCUGGCCUCUCACCCUCCUCUCCAGUGAUGUAUAAUUCACAUCAUAUGUGAUUCCACUGAGAGACAAUCAAUAAUAUUACAUACUACAAAUAAAUGCUGUUUGUCUUUUUUUUUUUUUUAGCUGGCAGACUGGAACUGUUGCCAUGGUGCUACUUUCUUUGAAUGCUCUGGGAUACAUUGAAAUCACCUUUUUACCUGUCACAAGGUACAUCUGAGGAGUUGUAGUUAAUUUUGAUAAUAACUGGUGUUAUUUAUGUUGCUACAUUUAUAUAUUCACACAUCCCCUUAGCAUUUUGGUGUAAAGCUGUGUUUUUUGUACAUGCACUUGUAAAAUUUGCAUUGCUUUCCUUCUUAAAUUUAUUCUUUAUUUCAUUAUUUUAGCACUACUCUUGCAUCAUGGCUGCCUGCUUCAGUGCUGUAUAGUGGAAUAAUUUAUUCAGGAUCAGUUGCUCUGUCAAGACUGGUCAGUGAUCAAAGUGUUUAUCAGAAAUAAAUGAGAUGAUCACAUACUGAUCUGUCAAUAACAAAUAUUGAACUGAUCCUCUCAAAUAAUUAUGAACUGAUCAGAUUCCUCUUAACAAAAUUUAGAAGCCUUAAAAGAUUUCCCUAUAAACUUUUUUUUAUUUCAGCCAGUCUUGACCCUAUCCCUAGUCUCUAACUUAAAAUUUAUCUAGUAUUUGGGAAGCUUAGUUUGCACUUCAAUGAGGCUGAUGCUGUAUCAGGCCUUGUUUUGUGCAAUUUCUUUCUUACCUGUCACCUGUGUAGGUGUCAGUUCACAGGGACUUCCCUUCUCAAGACUUGUUUCUUCUGCUGUCAGUGUUAAAUGGGAGUCUUAACCCUUUUACCGCUAAGAGUGACUGGCAUCUAAUUUCUCCUUACCAUAUCACCCCAAGUAGCUGAUCACUGACUAAAGAAGCUCUUGAUUUUUGAAAAAUUCUCCAUGUUGGCAUCUUAGGAAAUGUCUAGAGAACAGUAUGGAGAAUAUACAUAAUGAUGUUAGGGUCCUAAGGGUUGAAAGAAGACACCUUGAGAGUUAAUGGUUACAUAUAUACAUCUCAAAAGUUUCCUAUGUAGACAUUUUUGUGGUCAAACAUGGGAAACUUUCUUUUUUCCUAUCUGUCUUUUCCUAAAACAGCCAGUUCCAGUUUUCUGUACCAUGUGUUACUUAAAAACAUUGUUGGUGGCAUUAUUAGAAUCCUUCAUAUUUAAAAAGGUGAGUGUUUGAACUAUUACAUUGUAUGUGCACACUAAUGUACAAUGCAGCUCUUGUUUUUAAGUCAGAAGCAACAUUAUUAAACAAUUUAUUAUUAAGUAAUGGUAACUGUUUGUGAUCGCUAAGAGAGCAACUUGUUGCAAGCCAAUCCCAACCGACUUGCCAGCUGUUUUCACUAUAAUAGCUCUCCAACAGUUACCUAAAGUGAAAUACACAUGGACGUUAACAUUGAAGCUAAUGAUCACUUCACACAUGAAUGUUCAUAGAUAUAUGAAAUUCCAUGCAAAAAAGUUGGUUGAUGAAAUUCCCUCUUGACAGGUGAAGCACCAGUAGGGUAUAUAAAACAGUAACAUGUUGAAAGAGUUACACUGUAAAAAUUCCUUGAAAGUGGUAGGAAGAGGACUAAUAAAAAAAUAAAAAUAAUAUAUAAUAAUAAUAUAAUAAUAAAAAUAAUAAUAAAAUCCAAAUUCCUCCAAACUCCAACUCCUGAAUUACUGUGGAGAUGCAGUGGCCUUUGUACCCCUUUGGAUCAAGAGGUCAUGGCAAAAGUCCUGGGCAGGCUAUAAUUGAUCAUUGUAGGGUAUAUUUGAUCCUUAGGUAAUCGAUCCCAGUUUGUUAUGGGAGAUGCCCAAGCCUCAGCAGAGUCUUUCUGUUGUGUUUUAGAGCAAGACACAUGACUCUCCAUUUGUCUCUUUUACCCAGCAGACUAAAGAAGUACCAGCAAAUUUCUAAUCCCGAUCAAAUACUGAGAGGUAAUAACCUGCUACAGUAGAGUAGUAUCUUAUCCGGGGCUGGGGGGAGGGAGGGAGUCCUUUUCUGCUUUAAUGGGAGUUCUUGGCUCUAGAGAACCAAAUACUUUUUUUGUAUAAAUAAAGUAUUUUAGACUUUAAAGAGGAAAUUUGUUGAUCAAAUCAAAACCUUUGUUUCUGCAGGAGCCAUCAACAAAUUCACAAUUCAGGUGGGGUUAUGAUCAUAAAUUGUCUUUCAGGCCUUUGUUGACCCACUUUUCAAACAGAUCCAUACAACAAUACAUUGCUUCUGUCUCAAAUAUUUUAUUGCAUUUUUGAAAUAUUUAUCCUGAAAAUGUAAAAGCUUCAACAUUCUCCCCUUCCUUGGCAACCCUGGCAUAUUUGACCUUUGUCCAUAUACAGGGUUGGGGAAUUUGAACCUUGUCUGGCUGGGAUGGAGAAUUUAAAUAGAGAGUGUCAAGUUUUUUUUAGUGGAAUAAAAGUGAUUUACAGUUAAAUAUGGAAAAUGCAUAAUACCAGUAGUAAAUAGUUUACUAUUGUACAUAAUUUUUUCCAUGGGGCAGGAAUUUGAACAAAUCAAUCUUCUUUAGUUCAAAUGCUAUUACGGGGGUCGCCUGGGGAAUAUAUAAGACUUUGAUAAAAAUUCUGCUGUUUCUAAAACAGAUCUUAUUUCCUUUACAGUUUGAUAUUUACAGCUAUUGCAACAGUAUCUGUUGCAGGAACUGAUGUGCAGGUAAUUUUAUAUAUCUGAGUGUAUUUUCUUAUUUCCCUUGUAAAUAUGUUGAUAAGAACAUUAAUUAGUUACGUGUGGAACUUAAAUGUUUGUGUGUCCUAGACAAGGGUUUAUUCAUUCAUUGUACUUCACUUCAUGUUAGUUUGAUCAGAUGGGAUACAAAUGGCUUAUGAUUCACUGUGGACUUUCAGGCAAGUAUUGCCGAGAAAUAAAUAGGUUUAUAAUGGGUACUAGAAAGCUGUUGGAAAACCCUGAUGAAAUGGCAGAGGAUGGAGGUGUGAGUAACCUGCAAUGGACUGGCAUAAUCCAAGUGGGAGUAUCAGUACUCUAAGUCACCUCAUGCCACUGAAACUAGAAUAAGCCCUGGCUAGAUGGACCCUUUAACUCUUAAAUUCUCAUUAGUGAUUCUCCUUACUCACAGUCUCCCAUACCAUUCUUGUGAUGUUAGUUUGGAGAAUCUGGUAUUGGAUCAACUAAUUAUCCCCAAGUUGAUAGUUUUCUAUAUUUUCAUUGCUUUUCUCCUUGAUAUUGUAUUGCUAUUGUAAAGAGAAAUUCUGUGUUGGUCACCCAUGGGAGUUAAAGAGUUAACUGUAAGACUUUUCCAUUUUCCAACAAUUUAACAUUGAAGUUUCACAGAGAUUAAUCCUUUUUUAUUUAGGAUGUGUGUUUCAAAUUAUUGAUUUGGUUGAAAUAAGGGUCUGUAUUUUUUUUUUAUUUAUUCAGUGAAUAUAUCUAGUUUGUUUUCAUAGAUUCAUUUAGUAUAGUUAAUUUCCAAGUUUGUAAGAUAUUAAGAGUAUUCUAUUAACUUACCAGAUGGUUUUGUAAUUUAUAUUUAUAAAUAAUAAUAAAAUUACAACUGCCUUGUUAGGUGACCAUUUCAUGUCUGUCUUUCAUUCCAGCCAUUUAUGUAUAUUAUGGAAAAUCCCAAAAUAAGAAUUCAUUAAAUGACUUGGAUAAAUUAUUCUACAAUGCUGUUGUGAGGUUUGUCUAAUUAUUGUCUUUUGCUGAUUGUUUUUCUCUAUGCAGCGGAAAUCUUGAUUCUGAUUAAUAAGUUUCAUUGAUGCUUUUGUUCUUUGCCGCUAUUUUGGCUCCUGUUUCUUUUGUCUUGUUCUUCCUAAUUUUUCUUUGAUCUGUGAAAAUGAUUGACAGUCUAUACAGUCUAAGGUGACUUUCCCAGUGUGUCAUGGUCUCUUUAUGUUGUCAUGUUCUACAUUUGUGACUGGUAAUGGACUUGCAUUAGCAUCUAUAUAUCUGCAGAUCAGAAUCAAGUAUCUGAUGAUUUUAACCCUUUCACUCCUGUGAGUGACCAAGAAAGAAUUUUCUCCUUACAAUAUCAAUACAAUAUCAACCAGAUAAGUGAUGAGAAUUAAGAAAAAUAUCAAUUUGGGGAUAAUUAGUUGAUUCAAUACUAAAUUCUCUGAACUAACAUGAUAAGAAUUGUAUUGUUGAUGGAAAGGAAAAUUACAAAUUUGAUCUGGGAGUUAAAGGGUUAAGGAAAUAAAGCUUCUACAGUAAUUAUGCACCUUGAGUUUGGUGUUGUUGUCACUUUUCUUGUUAUUGUUGAUGUUGUGUCUUGGGCUGGUAUUCAAUUGAGAUAUAUUAUUGAAUUAAUACUUUUCUUUUGUGUUUUUUUCACAGUGUAAUUGUUUUGAUGGGAAUCAGUGUUUUAACAGGUAAGAAGAGAAACUCUUUUUGAAUAUAACUUUGAGCAAACCAUUCAAAUCCGUUAGGGUAGUAGCCCAACAAAGGGCUAACGCUCAAAUCGCCAGCUUUGAAACUCUUUAUGAUGGCCAAUUUACUCUCCACAACUCUUUGACAAAGCUAAAUUACCCUGUUAUAUUUUCCCACUGAUGCAACAUUACAGUUUCUUCAGAAACUUACCCCCAAAGAUUCAAAGCAUUGGUUAGAGGGAGCUUAAUUAUUGGGGGAGUGGACUUCUCACACUAGCUCCCCAUUUUUUAUUGGUUCAAAACCAAGGGACCUUGAUGCUCAUUUCCUGACACUAAUGAGAGCACUCUCACAGGCUUUCCAGGUAUAUAUAUAAAUACUAAAUGUUACAUACACUUUUUUUGAUGGUGGAAUCAUCUUUUGUCUGGCCUUACUUUGAAACGUAUAGACAAGUUUGACUUAAUGCCAAUUAUGAUCUCUUCAUUUGUACUUCUCUGGGUGGAGUUCUGUGGAUUUCUGUACAUGGUACUUGUGUCCUGCAGCCUUUGUGGCUCCCAGUACCUCCAUAUUUCACCUAAACCCUCUCCAUGUAGCCAGUGCAUCCCUCUGUCAGUUGAUUGAUCAUAGAGCUGUUUCCAAGUAACACAAUAAAAUAAAUUGUUCAGAUCACCCAGAAAACAAUGAUGACAAGUAUAUUAUAGAAACAUGAUGCAAGCUUAUGGGUUUUUUUUAAUUUUAGUUGACUUUGUUUUGUUUUGUUUGUUUUGUGCAGGUGAACUUUACAAAAUAAUUGAGUUUCCUUUCCUAUAUUCCACACACUUUCACCUUGGGUGCAUGGGAAGGUAAGCAGUCUUUUGCAUAGAGUCCCUAAAUGCAAUGCAGGUAGUUCUAGCUACAGUGUUGAUCAUCAGACUAUAUUAUCAAAAUCUAAGUGAAAGCUAAUACUCUUUAACCCUUUAACUCCCAAGAUCUCAUUAGUAAUUCUCUUUACUGUCUGCUAUAUAGUUCUUGCAAUGUUAGUUUGGAGAAUUUGGUAUUGGAUUAACUAAUAAUCCUUAAUUUAAUAUAUAUUUUUUCAUUCUCAUCACUUGUCUGCUUGAUAUUGUAUUGAUAUUGUAAGGAGAUAUUCUGUUUUGGUCACUCAUGAGAGUUAGAGGGUUAAAGUGUCACUUUUGAAACAAAAUAACUGUUGCAGCUCUCCUCUUCGUCUAUUUUAUUUCAGUGGUAUAUUUGGAGCAGCACUUGGGCUGAUAAGAGUGUCUCUGUUAGAUACAGAAGUUUCCUAUUCAUUGGGAAUAAUUGAUAGCCUUAAUAAGGUCAGUAGUACAAUUUAGAUUCCAAUACCUAGGCAUUCUUUACUUAGUCCUGGUUUAGCGUCUGAGCCAAAAAAAUUAUUGUGGGCGUGAUGAUAGAGGUAAACAGAAAACAGGAAGAUAAACUGUUUUUAAUGAUUUUUCGGAUAAACUUCAAAUAACGAUCUAGGGAGGUAGAGGGAAAAAAGUCUUCAUUUUGUUCGCGUGAGUGCAAAUAUUUUGACUUCAGAGCAGAAGUGGCUUGAAGUUUUUGUUCGUGACCUAUUUGCUUUUCAUGCACCAACAGGAAAAUCCAAGCAGCGUCACGAAUUUCGCAUUACUUCGGUACAAGGGUUGGUUAUCGUUUGAGGAAUAACUGAGAGUAUUUUCAGAAUCUUUUGGGUUUCGUCACUUGCCACUCUUCUCUGUGGACUUGGAACUAAGUAUACUGAUCCAAGUUAAGCGGAUACAUCCCCCCCCUUCCCCCAAUACGAUUAAUUCUGCUCCUCACCCCUUCCUUCUAGAAAACGCCUAUGAAUAAUUUGUUAAAAAAAAUUUGUCAAUAAAAUUUGAAACUUCAACCCCCAUCCCCCGCCCCUCCUCCCAGACAACCUGCAUGGGCAUUUGAACUUUUGAAGGCUGGUCUGUGCAAUUCUUGCCCCAACCUCUCCAGGAGCUGGAUGUGAUGUUCAUUUUUUUUGUAAUAGGCAAACUCAGAAAUCAUGGCUUUCUACGCACGGACUAAUCCUUAAAACCUAGACCUUGUAGACCUUUUCUUCUGCCGAGCCAUUCGCUCACGAAGGUGAAUUUAUACCUUUAAUCACCUCCUUAUUUAAAGAUAAAACACUUGUAUCCCGCUGGGAAGACUUAACACUUCCGGUUCAAAUUCUCCACCCCAGCCGGGCAAGGUUUAAAUUCCCCACCCCACGGGUAAAGACAAUAGUCAAAUGCCCGUAGAUCGCCCGGGGGGUGGAUGUUGAACCUUCAGAAUUGAUCGGUGCACGAUUGUUUCGUUGAAACAAUUGAUCGGUGAUAGUUAGGACUUGGAUAACUCUACUACUCCACAGGUUGCCAUAUCGUUUCUGUCACUGUUUAUUUUCGAUGUCACCCUUGACAGUAACAUGGCUGUGAGGUAAAAUGGAUGAUUCCUUUUCAUUUUAUUAUGUAUUUUUUCUGAUCUAGUAUUUAUCAUUAAUUAGUAAAGCCGUGUAGCUAAGGAAGUGUUUUGAGAUUAGGACUAGUGUAAACAGGUUUUAAAGCUCGUCUUUGAGACGCAGCUGGUUGAACUUAUGUAUUAAAUCCUUACAACGGUACCUGUGAGUGACAUGUUCAUGGCUUCGGUUCACGCCACGUUUUGCAGGAACAGGAAGCACGCUUUGACGUUUUUGCCACAGGAACCAAACGAGAGUAUUGUAAUUUAAUUUCAAAAGGAACACUUUUUUUCAUAACAAAGCCGAACGACAUUCGGCAAAAAAAUGCUGGCCUCAGUGAUCUCGAGUUAAAACGUUUUUUUUAAGUGCUUGUAGGCAACGAAUGCCUCUUUCUCUAAUUUUUCCGCCUAGACGUUUUUUUUUCAAAAACAGAACUUUUAAAAUUACAACCAUACUGAUAAAAUAGAUGGCAUCCUGCCAAAAAAAUUAAGGUCCUCGUAAUUUUAAGCGUUUGUGCACCACAGUAUGUCCUUGAAAGGUAGCACAAUGCAAGCACGGUACAAUAUGAGGCAUAGUGCAAUAUGGACCACAGUGCCAUAUAUCGCAAUAACAGUAGAAUAACCCCGAGUAGAUCGGUCUGGUCAGUCAAUUCUGCCGGAAAGAUGAUUGACUGCGUCAAGAUGUGAAAGUCUCUCGCAUGAUGUUUAUCGCAUUGAUUCUGAGAUAUUAUAAUAACAAGAAAUUUUUUAUGGUAUUUUUCGUUCCCAGCAUCAUCGCAGUCCUUUGUAGUGGAGUACUUUAUUCGUACACAGUCACUGUUCAGGAAGAAGCCGAACAACGCACUGCUCAUCCAGUCCGUGACAGUUAGCAGUUAACUGUCAUCAGCAGUUGACACAAGGAUAUGAAUUGAGUUUUUUAUUAAAUGUAUGUUAAAUUCUCAAUGACUUGAAAUGUGCUAAGCCAAGCCGUAGAGGCGUCAUCUGUGUCCCACAUAUUACCUUACAAUGUAGGCGACCAACCAACUUGAAGGAGUCAGUUUUUCUUUUUAUCUUAGUAUCUGAUUUUACCGCGUGUAGGUCACGGCCUUUUUGGGAUUGCGUUGCGUUGCGGUGCACAAAGAAAUGGUGUCGACUGCGUUAAACGCUUGAAGAUUGCGAUCAUUAUAUAAGUUAGCAAAUGCCGAUUCGUAACGUGUGAUCUUAGUAAAAAGGUAAAUGGAUAUGUUAAGGGGAGAAGUCUGAUGGAUACUGAAACUGACUCUCUUUUUGUUUCAUGGAUAAUUUACAUAUUUUUCUAGAUCUUUUAUUCACAUUUAGGAAUAUCAGUAGCUGGCAAUCAAAAGGAUUGCCGCUGUCGCUGUUGUGUUUAAAUAAAAUUUAAUCUGUUAUUGAGGAAAAUUCAUUCGUCCAACGUGCUACGGAUUGUUUUUUUGUUAUGUUUCUGGGAUGGUUUGAUCAGCGGAAGGUCUAGCUAGCUUCUCCGAUAAAAUUAGAAAACAUUGUUUCGAAAAACAUAUGGUCUCAUCUGGGCAGAGUAAUACUCCAAUUAACUUCCUGUGGUAUAAUUUAGAGAAAUGUAUAUUCUACUGGAAGUUAUUUGAACACUGUUGGUAAGAAGGUACAUUUGGAUUAAUAUG